AUGGCGCCGCACGCAGCCUCUCGUUUUCUCUCUCUUUUGACCCCAGCUCCCCUGAGCAGGGUCUGCCUCAACAGGGGCCCCCUAGCCUCUUUCAGGGCCCCGUCUCUGGCUUCUGUGCCCUUGCACGCAACAUGGGGCCCCAACAGCUCUCAGAAACGUGGCUUCGCCCACGGCCCCGGCACUGACCUCACAGUUGCCUGCCGCACGUCCACUUCCCCCAGGCCCGACCACGGCCCCACCACCAGCAUGAAUCUCUUCACGGCCAUCAACUCCGCCAUGCACAUUGCUCUGGAGACAGAUCCCACGGCAUGCGUUUUCGGGGAAGAUGUUGCUUUUGGGGGAGUCUUCCGCUGCUCGGUGGACCUGCGAGACAAAUUUGGGCACCACAGGGUUUUCAAUACCCCGCUUUCAGAGCAGGGCAUCGCGGGUAUGGCUGUGGGCAUGGCUGCCGUGGGCUACACCGCAAUCGCUGAAAUUCAGUUUGGGGAUUACAUCUUCCCCGCGUUUGACCAAAUCGUGAACGAAGCCGCCAAGUUCCGCUACCGCAGCGGUAACAACUGGAACUGCGGGAAAGUCACUUUCAGGUCUUCCUGGGGCGCUGUGGGCCACGGAGGGCUCUACCACUCCCAGUCUCCGGAAGCAUUCUUUGCGCAUGCAGCAGGACUCAAAAUUGUGAUCCCGAGGGGCCCUUACCAGGCCAAGGGGCUGCUGCUGAGCUGCAUCCGAGACGAAAACCCCUGCCUUUUCUUCGAGCCCAAGGCGCUCUACAGAGUUGCCACUGACGAAGUCCCCACCGGGGAUUAUAUGCUGGAUUUGAGCAAGGCGGACGUGCUCAAGGAGGGAGAACAUGUGACUGCGGUGGCGUGGGGCACUCAAGUGCACCGGGUGCUGCGCGCGGCGGAGUUGGUGGCCGCAGAAGGCGUGAGCGUGGAGGUAAUAGAUCUGCAGACAAUAGCGCCUUGGGACGUGGACACUGUGGCUGCUUCGGUGCGCAAGACGGGGCGCCUGCUGGUGUCUCACGAGGCGCAGCAAACCAUGGGCUUUGCUGCUGAAGUCGCAGCAGCAAUCCAGGAAAAGUGCUUCUUCAGCCUCGAGGCCCCCAUCAAAAGAGUCACUGGAUACGACACGCCCUUCCCCCUCGCUUACGAGCCCUUCUACCUGCCCAACGAGUGGAAGCUGGCUGACGCGAUGAGGGAGUUGAAGGCCCACUAA